GCAGAACAUGUCGGAUGUGAGCUUCACGCUGGCAGAAGUGAAGCUGACAGAGAAGCAGCACGCGUCACUGGAGCUGCAGUCCCUCAACAAUAAAACUCAGCAGCUGUUGUGCAGUAAGCACAGCGUGUUCUGCCUGUGGGAGGUGCGGUGGAAGGACGACCUGCCCUCCUGUCUCCAGUGCGUUUUCUCUGCCAACUUCGCUCCGCUCAAGCAAGACGUCUCUGCCUUCAAACCUUUUCACUACCAGUUCCAGCUGGAGAGAGUCACU